AAAACGCAUACUCUGACAUGUAUUGUCGCGUGCGCACUCUAGUGCCUUGUAAAGUACAUUUGACAAAAUAUACCAAAGAGAACAGUAAGAAUGACAUUAAUUUGCUGAAUCGGUGUUGAACAGCGUCUUAACUUUUAAAUAACAAAAAAAGAAAACUCAUUUGAAAUAACUAAAAUAAAAGCAAAAUUGUUCGUGCAUCGAGUAAAAGGCAGUUUUCAGGUCAGCGAAACGAAAGUGAAUUGAUCGAAUCGGCUUUUCUGUAAUUUUCUUCGUUUUUUUUGUUCCGAAAAAGUGAUUGAAGAAGAAAAAACACGAACGAGAAAAUGUUCGGAAGUAUAACAACGUAUUUGAAUGCAGUGGCCCGUACAUGGCAUGCUCAAGACGGUGCACUUGUGGGUCAGUUAGUGUCUCUACGGGAUCGUCAUGCAACCAAUGCUCAAUUGCAGGUUGAAUUUCCAGAAAGUAUGGUUGAACGUAUUCUCGAUGCACCAGUCGAUGAGAUUGUGGCCGAACAUAUAAAAGUUCUUUAUUACCUGUCUCGUUCACCGAAAAAUUACAUCAAAGCAUACAAACAUCAAACGGCAUGUGCACAAAAUGUGGUUAAAAUGUUGACAGCAAUGAAAGAAGAGAACUGGUCGUUGCCCAUAAUGUACGUGGUCUGUUUGGAUUUAAGAUUAUUGGCUCAAAAAUGUGAAGAAUUUGAAGGUAGCCACGUAUCAAAACCGGGUGAGAUUCUGGAAAAAGCUGCUGAAUGUUUGAUGGGUUGUUUUCGUGUGUGUGCCGCUGACAGCAGAUCAUCGGAUGAGGAUACAAAACGGUUGGGAAUGUUAAAUUUGGUUAAUCAACUAUUCAAGGUGUAUUUCCGCAUAAAUAAAUUGCAUUUAUGUAAACCAUUGAUUCGUGCCAUUGAAAGUUCAGCAUACAAAGACUCAUUUCCACUAGCCCAGCAAAUUACCUACAAAUACUUUGUCGGACGCAAAGCGAUGUUCGAUUCUGAUUACAAAACGGCCGACAGAUAUUUGAGCUAUGCGUUCAAUCAUUGUCAUAAAAAAUUUCCAAAAAAUAAGCGUCUCAUUCUGAUCUAUUUGGUGCCGGUGAAAAUGUUGCUUGGUUAUAUGCCAAAACGUGAGAUGUUGGAACGAUACGAUGUACUUCAAUUCCAUGAAUUGGCAUGUGCAUUGAAAGUGGGUAAUAUUUCGAAAUUUGACGAAGUCAUUCAACGGCAUGAGAAAUUUUUCAUCGAAUAUGGCAUUUACUUGAUUGUUGAAAAGCUCAAAAUGUAUGGAUACCGAAAUCUUUUCAAACGGGUGUAUCUUAUCACACAAACACAUCAAUUGGACUUGCAAAAUUUCUUAUUUGCUCUUCAAUUUGCCGGCGAAACGGAUAUCACGAUGGACGAAACACAUUGUAUUGUAUCGAAUUUGAUUUUUGAAGGACGUAUCAAGGGAUAUAUCUCACAGCAGCACAAUAAACUCGUUGUAUCCAAACAAAAUCCGUUUCCAUCGCUACACACAAUUUGUUAAUUUUUUGCAAUCAUCCGAAAAAUGAAAUCAAAUAUAUUUCACUGAAAAUCAUAAUUA